UCAGAACAGUGGAAGGUGAGAGGGAUACAAGUCAAACUAAAAAUACACAGAAUGAUCUUAAUUAGGAAAGUUCGAAUUUUGUAGUUGGGAUGUUUACUAAGAAACUUCAUUCAUGGGGAAGCAAGGUUUGAAAUUUGAUAAAUGAAAAGCAGUGGAGACAUUCCCUUUCACACUUGCCCUCCUCCCCUGAAGCUCAAAUCCGCCAUUGAAGAAGGGUGAAGCAGGUAUCGAUUCACAUGGGAGUUUGCUGGGGUGCCCCUGAUUAUCCGACCCCUAGCUUCACUGGAUAUCUCAGACCAGGACAGACAUCACUCACAUUUAGCAGCACAUCAUCUUCCGAGGAUGAGCAAAGCAGGAGCUUGGGAGGAAGAUCUGUUAAAGGCGUGCCCAACGGGGCGGUUGUGCCCUCCCCGGAUGUUAGAGUUUUCACCUUAGCUGAGCUGCAAAAGGCCACCAGAAAUUUUCGGCCCGAUUCCAUCCUUGGAGAAGGAGGCUUCGGCAGAGUCUUCAAAGGCUACCUCGAUGAGGAGGGGCCCUCCCAUGGCCGAGGCACGACCCCAAUUGCCAUAAAAAAGUUGAAUCCCGAGAGCGUGCAGGGAUUUAAAGAAUGGAAGUCAGAGGUGUCUUUUCUGGGCAGUUUAUCCCAUCCUAACAUUGUCAGGCUGCUGGGAUAUUGUUCGGAGGAGGGAAAUCUACUUCUUGUCUACGAGUUCAUGCCAAAGGGUACCCUGAAAAAUCACCUAUUUCGAAGAGGUACUACGGAACCACUUUCCUGGGUGUUACGUCUUAAGAUCGCAAUUGGUGCAGCCAAAGGCCUGGCUUUCUUACAUCAGUUAGAAAGACAAAUUAUUUGCAGGGACUUUAAGCCAUCAAAUAUAUUGCUAGAUGGGAAUUUCAAUGCCAAGAUAUCGGACUUUGGCUUGGCAAGAAGAGGUCCUGCUGGCGAUGAAUCACAUGUUUCUACCCAAGUCAUUGGAACCUAUGGCUAUGCUGCCCCUGAGUACAUAGCAACUGGGCAUCUGUAUGUAAAGAGUGAUGUGUACAGUUUUGGAGUUGUGCUGCUUGAGAUAUUGACCGGGAGAAGAGCGUUCGAUAAUAAUCGGCCAUCUGGGGAGCACUUCGUCGUGGAGUGGGUCCGCCCACACGUAUCGAGAAGGAAACUGGCUAGAGUGGUGGACCCGCGGUUGGAAGGAAGGUAUCCUUUAAAGGCCGCUCUCGAAUUGGCUCAGCUUGCCUUCCAUUGUCUCCAGAUGGAUCCCAAGAGCCGGCCUUCCAUGGACGAUGUCUUAAGGACACUGGAAAAAAUUGCUGCUCAUUAACCGAUUCUUGGCAUUGUGGGGGCUUUCCUAUCACGACAGUUCGACGAGGCAAAGCUUAGCAUUCUCUUACGGAUUCUCAUUUCAAAGAACCUGUCAGGUAGCUUUGAAUUCUGUGUUUUGAAGCAAUUGUCGCUUGUCCCGCAUCUGCCUCUAUAUUAGUGUCUCCCGGGUCACGAUUGAAACUGCUAUUUAGUUGCGAGAAUAUAAUCAUGGAUUUAACGUCCCUACUGAGGCUCCUUAAAAAAGGAUGAUUUAUAAGGCGCUUGGUUUUAGAGUUGAGUUGAGUUGAGUUUUGAUUUUAAUUGAGUUGUAAUAAUUGUAUUGUUGAAUUAUGAGAAAAAGUGUGAAAAAGUAAUGAAUAGUUGGGAGAAUUGAGUAUUAAAAAUUGAAUAGAGUAUAAUGGAGUUGUAUGUGAGUUUAUGUA